AUGGUCGCUGCAUCUAAGCCGGUAACAGAGCUCACCCCAUUUGGUUAUGCGCUUGCUGGGGCUUUGGGUGGUGUCUUCAGUAAUGCUGUCGUUUACCCACUAGAUACUGUGAAGACACGUAUACAAGCUUCCUCGAGCAGUGAGGGGAAGGCCAAGCCGACGAUCUUGACCCUCUUGGUCUCUAUUCUCAAGAAUGAAGGCAUCGGUGGUUACUACAAGGGCUUUGGGGCUAGCAUGCUGAACACCUUCUCAAUGCAAUACGCAUAUUUCUUCUUCUAUAGCAUUGUCCGGGGCGCUUAUAUUAGACGGCAGUCUGCAGGGUCGCCUCAAGGGAAAAAAGCGCCUUCUCCAUCCACUGCUGCCGAGCUUAUACUUGGAGCAUUUGCAGGGGCUCUGGCGCAGAUAUUCACUAUCCCCGUCGCCGUCAUUGCCACAAGACAACAAGUUAGUACUGUAAAGCCCCUAACCGCCGAGGAGAAAGCUCUGGGUAUCAAACGGAAGGGUAACGGCUUCUUCGAGGUGGCCCAGGACAUCGUCAGGGAAGAUGGAGUAGGAGGUCUAUGGCUAGGGAUUAAGCCUGGCCUGAUUUUGACAGUCAAUCCAGCUAUUACCUAUGGCUUGUUUGAGCGAGUCAAGUCGGUUGUCCUCUUCUCUGAGCCUGCCGGCGCGAAGAUGUUUCCAUGGCAGUCGUUCGUAGUUGGUGCUCUGUCAAAGUCACUCGCCACUGUGGUAACAUAUCCGUAUAUUAUGGCGAAAGUUCGCGUCCAAGCUAGGGGCUCGACCGAAGCUGAAGAGGAUGAUGCGGCUGAAAAAGGAGAAGCCCCGGCUAAGAAAACCCCAAGAUACACUGGUUCGUUAGAUGUGUUGAAGAGGGUGCUCAAGGAGGACGGCUUCAUUGGGUGGUAUCGGGGUAUGAAUGCACAAAUAACAAAGGCAGUGCUAUCUCAGGCUUUGCUAUUCAUGUCGAAGGACCAAUUCGAGCGUUACGCCCUUGCUAUAAUGAUUGUUUGGAGCAAGCUCUCUGCAAAAUAAUAUUAAGCCAUCUAGACUAAUUUACUCUUCGUUCGUUAGCGAUCGAUGAUUGUACAUACUUUGCAUAAUUGACAUG